GCGCGGUACUAGCGGGCCCGCCGGAGGGGGAGGAGGCGAAAGAGCGAGCCGCGCGGCCAGAGCGGGAAAGCGACUCGGCUCUGCGUCCGAGUUCGGGAGCCACAGCGCCCCGGCUCCCGCGGCUGCAGCGGGCGCUCUGAGGGGCUGGGAGGCGGUUGGCUCCCGGCUUCCCUCCGUGGCGACCCCGAGGGACCAGAAGAGGGAGAAGAUGGAGGAGGAGGAGGGAGGCAGCGGCGGCGGCGGCUUGGCGGGGACCGGCGCGGACGGCGGCGGGGAGCAGCUCCUCACCGUCAAGCACGAGCUGCGGACCGCUAAUUUAACAGGAUAUGCAGAGAAAGUGGGAAUUGAAAAUUUUGAGCUUCUGAAAGUCCUUGGAACUGGCGCUUAUGGAAAAGUGUUUCUGGUGCGUAAAAUCAGUGGUCAUGAUACCGGAAAGCUGUAUGCCAUGAAAGUUUUGAAAAAAGCGACGAUCGUCCAAAAGGCCAAAACGACGGAGCACACGCGGACGGAACGGCAGGUCCUGGAGCACAUCAGACAGUCGCCCUUCCUGGUCACGCUGCACUACGCUUUCCAGACGGAAACCAAACUCCACCUCAUUUUAGAUUAUAUAAAUGGUGGCGAACUUUUUACUCAUCUUUCUCAAAGAGAGCGUUUCCGAGAGCAGGACGUGCAGAUCUAUGGCGGAGAGAUCGUGCUGGCCCUGGAACACCUCCACAAGUUGGGGAUUAUAUACCGUGACAUUAAGCUUGAGAAUAUUCUCCUUGAUUCUAAUGGCCAUGUGGUGCUGACAGAUUUUGGUCUCAGUAAGGAGUUUGUGGCUGAUGAAGCUGAAAGAGCAUAUUCCUUUUGUGGAACUAUUGAAUACAUGGCACCAGAUAUUGUCAGAGGGGGAGAUUCAGGGCAUGACAAGGCAGUUGACUGGUGGAGUUUAGGUGUUCUGAUGUAUGAAUUACUAACUGGAGCAUCGCCUUUCACGGUUGAUGGAGAGAAAAACUCCCAAGCCGAAAUUUCUAGACGAAUUUUAAAAAGUGAGCCUCCAUAUCCCCAAGAAAUGAGUGCUUCAGCCAAAGACCUGCUUCAGCGUCUUCUGAUGAAAGAUCCCAAGAAGAGACUGGGAUGCGGUCCACGCGAUGCGGAUGAAAUCAAAGAGCAUCUCUUCUUCCAGAAGAUAAAUUGGGAUGAUUUAGCGGCCAAAAAGGUGCCUGCGCCAUUCAAGCCCGUCAUUCGAGAUGAAUUAGAUGUGAGUAACUUUGCAGAAGAGUUCACAGAAAUGGACCCCACCUACUCCCCCGCCGCCCUGCCACAGAGCUCCGAGAGGCUGUUCCAGGGCUACUCCUUUGUCGCCCCUUCUAUUCUCUUCAAGCGCAACGCAGCGGUCAUCGAUCCUUUCCAGUUCCCCAUGGGGGUCGAACGUCCAGGAGCGACAAAUGUCGCCAGGAGUGCCAUGAUGAAGGACUCUCCAUUCUACCAGCACUAUGACCUGGAUCUGAAGGACAAGCCGUUAGGAGAAGGGAGUUUUUCCAUUUGCCGAAAGUGCACACACAAAAAAAGUAACCAGGCUUUCGCAGUCAAGAUCAUCAGCAAAAGGAUGGAGGCCAAUACCCAGAAAGAAACCACAGCUCUGAGGCUCUGUGAAGGACACCCCAACAUAGUGAAGCUGCAUGAAGUUUUCCAUGAUCAGCUUCACACGUUCCUAGUGAUGGAACUUCUGAACGGUGGCGAGCUCUUUGAACGCAUUAAGAAGAAGAAGCACUUCAGUGAGACGGAAGCCAGCUCCAUCAUGCGGAAGCUGGUGUCGGCCGUCAGCCACAUGCACGACGUGGGUGUGGUGCACAGAGACUUGAAACCCGAGAAUUUACUAUUCACGGAUGAGAACGACAACUUGGAAAUUAAAAUCAUUGACUUUGGCUUUGCGCGCCUGAAGCCGCCUGAUAACCAGCCUCUUAAGACCCCUUGCUUCACCCUCCAUUACGCUGCCCCUGAGCUCCUGAACCACAGCGGCUACGACGAGUCCUGCGACCUCUGGAGCCUGGGCGUCAUUCUGUACACGAUGCUGUCGGGACAGGUCCCGUUCCAGUCUCACGACAAGAGUUUGACCUGUACCAGCGCAGUGGAAAUCAUGAAGAAAAUUAAAAAGGGGGAUUUCUCCUUUGAAGGGGAAGCUUGGAAGAAUGUGUCCCAAGAGGCCAAAGAUUUGAUUCAAGGACUCCUCACGGUUGACCCAAAUAAAAGGCUCAAAAUGUCCAGCCUGAGGUACAACGAGUGGCUCCAAGACGGGAGCCAGCUGUCCUCCAACCCGCUGAUGACCCCUGACAUUCUCGGGUCGUCGGGCGCUGCUGUGCACACCUGUGUGAAAGCCACCUUCCACGCCUUUAACAAAUACAAGAGAGAGGGAUUUUGCCUUCAAAAUGUCGAUAAGGCUCCUCUGGCGAAGCGAAGGAAGAUGAAAAAGACCAGCACGAGCACGGAGACGCGCAGCAGCUCCAGCGAGAGCUCACACUCCUCCUCCUCCCACUCGCACGGCAAAACCACCCCCACCAAGGCCCUGCAGCCCGGCCACCCCGCCGACAGCAAUAACCCCGAGACCCUCUUCCACUUCUCGGACUGA